CGCCUCAACUGCCUUGCAGAAGCCGAAAAACGAAAUGCUCUGGGGACCGACCAAAAUGCAAUACUUGUCGACGAAUUAACCGAAUUUGCCACUAUGAGCCUUAUCCGCAUCCCUUUCCAACGACAACCAUUGCGACAAACCACCAACAGCACGAUCUCUACCUUACCAUGGACAACUUCGAUGAUGUCCAAUCUGUAUGGUUUGUUGAUCCAUCCUAGGGGAACCUGGCUACCAGAAUUAGAAAUAUCGAAUCUGAGCUUGCCCGCUUGA